AUGAAGAAAUUCAGAUUUGGAAGAAAGAACAGUACAGCUACUUCAACCACUUCAUCCAACAAGAAUUCGCCUAGAAAAGAAAAAAUCAGAAGCAGUCGUACUUCUAAAUCAUCAGCAUCAUUUCAAGCGCCCAAUUCUCCACCUCGUUCACCGCUACAAGAUAAAGUAGGAUAUACGCAUACUUUUGCUGAAGAAGAUUUGAACAACGAUCAUCAUUCAUACUCACAGCAAGGAAGUAAACACAAUAUGCCAGUGGCUCAAGAUCACCAUAGUUAUACCCUGGAGCCUUUUGGUAUCACCACUGAUCCAUCAACUGUUCCUUACAAAUCUCGUGCUCCACCACAUUUGAAUGUCAGUAAUCCAUGGAAUAGAUUCAAGAUUUUUGAUUCGCCUUUUCCAAGGUAUAGACAUGCAGCUUCAGUCAUUUCUAGUGAUAAAAAUGAAGUUUUCAUUAUGGGCGGUUUAAAAGAUGGGUCUGUUUUUGGAGAUACUUGGAGAAUUAUUCCUCAUGAAAGUAAUGAUGGUGAAGUGUUGAAUUAUUCAGCUGAAAAUAUUGAAGUUACUAAUAACAACAACCCACCUGCUAGAGUUGGACAUUCAUCGGUUUUGUGUGGUAACGCAUUCAUUAUCUAUGGCGGAGAUACUGUUGAAACUGAUGAACAUGGAUUCCCUGAUAACAAUUUUUACUUGUUUAACAUCAACAAUCAUAAAUAUACCAUCCCUAGUCACAUUUUGAAUAAACCAAAUGGUAGAUAUGGUCACACAAUUGGAGUUGUUGCAAUCAACAAUUCAUCUUCAAGGCUUUACUUAUUUGGAGGUCAAUUGGAAAAUGAUGUAUUCAAUGAUAUGUAUUACUUUGAAUUGAAUUCAUUUAAAUCGCCUAAAGCUACUUGGAAAAUUGUUGAUCCAGUAAACAACUUCAGACCACCACCAUUGACUAAUCAUUCAAUGUCCGUAUACAAGGAAAAGAUUUAUGUAUUUGGUGGUGUUUACAAUAAUGAAAAAGUUUCAAAUGAUUUAUGGGAAUUUGAUGUUGAGCAAGAGAAGUGGCAACAAAUUCAAACUAAUGGUACCACCCCAUUACCAGUGAAUGAACAUUCAGCAUGUGUUGUUGAUGAUAGAUUGUAUAUUUAUGGUGGUAAUGAUUUCAGUGGUGUCAUUUACAGUAGUCUUUACGUCUUGGACUUAAAAACAUUCACUUGGUACAAAUUAUUGGAAACUGCUGAAGAAAAUGGACCUGGUCCAAGAUGUGGACAUUCAAUGACUUAUUUGCCGAAAUAUAACAAAUUGAUUAUAAUGGGUGGUGAUAAAAAUGAUUAUAUCGUUGCUGAUCCACAUAAUUUCGAUACUUAUGAAACUUUUAAUGGUGCUGAGGUAGGCACCAUGAUUUAUGAAUUGGAUGUGAAUAUUGUUGACCAAUUUAUGUCUGAACCUAUUGAAAGAUCUAGAAAACCAAGAAAAGUUGCAGCUUCGGCUGUUGGUACUCAAGCUAAUGAAGGGUUUGAUCGUCAUUCUAGAACUGGAUCUACUGGUCCUGAAGACUAUGCAACUCCUCGUGCUUCGCCUCCACCACCAGAUCGUUCAAACUUGAAUCGUGGAUUGUCGACAAAUACAAUGAAUCGACAUGCUGAUUUUGUUGAUGUUGAAACUCCUUCAGGCACAAUUUCACAAGUUGAUCAUGAAGAAGAAGAAGAGGAAGAAAUUCCCCAUGUGAAUCCAUAUGAGCAAGUUCAUCGUGAGACUGAUGAUUCGCGCAUUGGUGAGCCAGUUAAUGGACAUUUGGUUAAAGAUGAUGAUGAUGAUGAAGAAGAAGGAACUUAUUUGAGAAGGAGAUCCCUUGAUCCUAAAUUUAACCAAGAACAUGACGAUGUAGUCACGAAUGGAGUUUCCGGUGCUGGUGUGGCUGCUGCAUUUGCUGCCGCUGGUGCUGCUGGAAAAUCUGCUGGCCAUGCUUCAGUCUUAAAGAGAUCUUUAGUAAGUGAUGAUGAUGAUGAAGACACCAUUGAAGAAGCAACCAGAAACAGAAGAUCAAGCUUUGCUGAUAAAUCAUAUGGCCUGACUUCACAUUACCCUGAUAUCACUAGUGAUCAUGAAACAUCAUCAUAUCCUCAAGAUAAGAGCUAUAGCAGGGAUACAGAGGAUGAUGAAGAAGAAGAAGAUGAUGUUAUAAAGCCAAUUUCCAUCAACAGAAACGUUCGUUCAUCCACCUCCUCUUCAAAUGACAGAAGGUUAAAUCAAAUCAUUGAAGAGUUGAGAAACGAAUUAGAUCAAGUCAAAUCAUCAACCAGUCAACAAUUGCAAACCGCUAAUGACAAAAUCAAUUCUUUACAACAACAAAAUACCCAAUUACAAUCCACUCAUAGGAAUGACAUCGAAGUCUACACACGUCAAAUCAAUGAUAAAGACUCCAUGAUUAACGAGUUGAAACUGAGCCUUGAUCCAAGUGCUUGGGAUCCGGAAGCACCCCAAACAGCAACAAACUUGUCGGAAUUGAGUCGAUACAAAUUGGAAAGAUUAGAAUUGAAUAACAAGUUGAUUUAUUUACAACAAGAAAAUACCAAAUUACAUGAUCAAUUUGCUGAAUUUGAACCAUUUAUGAAUAAUCAAAUUGGUGAAUUGGCCAAGUUCCAAAAAGUCAUUAAAGUACAAGAAGAACAAAUUGACAAAUUGAGUUAUCAAGUAAAAGAUCAAGAAGUAUUACAUAAGGAGAUUAAUGAUUGGAAGACUAAAUAUGAAAAUUUGAAUUUGGAAUUCGAAAAUUAUAAAGCAAUUCAUAACGAUGAUGAAAUUGAACUUGAAGAUGAAGAACAAGAGCAAAGAUCUUUAGCUGGUGGAGAUAAUAGAUCUAUCUUAUCUCUGGCUAGAACAAGAAAGGACAUUUCUACACAAUUGGAAAACUUGGUUAGUUUAUGGAACGUUAAACAACCAGCAACUCGUGAAGUAUCACCCGUGGCCACACCAGAAAAUAACCCCGUUGUCGCUAAAUUACAACAACAAGUUGAUGAUUUAUUACGCAUCAGUAAACAAAAUGAUGAAGUAAGUAAUCAAGAAAUUGCUACAUUACGUCAAGAAUUAACUACUCGUAUUGCCAAUUUGAAAAACUUGGAAGAAAAUUAUCGUGAAUCAUUACAAUCGGUUAACAAUACAUCAAAGGCAUUGAAGCUUAACCAAGAAGAAUUGAAUAAUCAACGUAAUUUCAUGGAUAAAUUGAUCAAAGAAAAUAAUGAAUUGAAAAUGUUCAAAUCAGCUCAUUUGAAAAAGAAUAACGGAUCAUCAUCGGCUACUGGCACGCCUAUUCUUGAUGACGCAUUCAGUGAUGCUCAUGAAUCAGUUAAUCCUGGUGUUGUUGAUGACGAUGACGAAGGAGUCAUUAGUAAUGCUCAUUUCAAUAUGAAGAUUAAGGAUCUUGAAGCCGAUUUGUAUAUCAUUAAACAAGAAAGAGAUCAAUUGAAAAAUAAUGUCACGGCAUUACAAAAACAAUUAUAUUUGGCUCAAAAUAAUUGA